AUGGGAAAGUCACCAAGUGAUGAACAAUCACCUUUACUUGACGAUUACAGUAGUCGUCAGAAGAUAUAUAGUUUCCUAUAUCCAGGUCAUGGAACACAUUCCACAUUGAAUGUCAACGAUGCAUUCAAUAUGGGUAGUCAAGAUGAAAUAUCACCGGUAUCAGAACCGGCAAUGUCACAACAGAAUAUGUCGAUGCCAAAGGAUGAGGAGAGCGGAAGGGGCUCGACAAGCAUGAACUAUGACCUCAGUGAAGUACCUCCAUCUCAGCUAAAGAAGAUUUCGACGCAUGGCGAGCAUAAAAUUGGUCAACUACUUGCCACAGCCAUCUGUGGAAACGAUAUCACAUCUAGCAUCUUUUACACAUCAGCAAGCUGCACGCAGUUCGCUGGCAUAUAUGCACCAUUCUCAUUGAUGAUGGUAUGCAUUGUAUUGUAUCUGUUUAGGAAGGUUUAUGGCGAGGUGGGCAGUGCACUGCCAUUGAACGGUGGCGCCUACAACGUGUUGCUAAACACGACGACCAAGCAGCUGGCAUCACUGGCAGCAGCACUCACCAUGAUCUCAUACAUUGCCACAGCUGUGGUUUCGGCCUACAGUGCCAUGGACUACUUCAACGGCCUCGUGCCCUCGGUCUCGGACCACUACUCGACCAUCGUGCUGUUGGCAUUGUUUGCCUGUCUCAACCUGGUGGGUAUUGGCGAGUCGGCCGUGGUGGCCGCCAUCAUCUUCAUCUUCCACAUGGUGACACUGCUGAUGCUCGUGUUUGGCGGUUUCUUCAUGUUCUUCUACCGCCACGACUGGUCAGUGCUGUCGAGCAACUGGAACACACAGAACACGCCCACAUCGUUUGAGGGCUGCCAGGUGUCGCAGGAAAAGUACCUAGGCCACAACUUUGCCUACAACAUCUACUUUGGCUUUGGCGCCGCCAUGCUUGGAGUGACAGGAUUCGAGACGUCGUCCAACUUUAUCGAGCAACAGGAGCCAGGCGUGUUCCCCAAGACUCUGCGCAACAUGUGGGCCAUCGUUACAUUCUUCAACCCAUUGAUUGGCUUCCUCAACCUGUGCUUCAUGCACACCUGUUUCAUUGUCAGCGACCCCACCGGAGGAGUGCUGGCCAACUUGGCCGAGAAGAUCUUUGGACAGUGGUUCCGCCUGUGGGUAGGCAUCGACGCCGUGGCCGUGCUCUCGGGCUCGGUCAUCACCAGUUACGUGGGCGUCAUUGGACUUAUCAGACGUAUGGCGCUCGAUCGCUGCCUGCCCCAGUUCCUGCUGCAAGAGAACUCGUGCCGCAAGACCAAUCACUUCAUCAUCCUCACAUUCUUUGUAGUGUGCACAUCACUCUUUGUCCUGGCGGACUUUGACACUCGCGUACUCACAGGCGUCUACACCAUAGCCUUCCUUGGUGUCAUGUCGCUCUUUGGUCUGGGCAACAUGUUGCUCAAGUACAAGCGAUCCAGUCUGAAACGUGAUAUCAUUUCGCCGUGGUGGGGCGUGACCCUGGCCAUCAUGUUUGUGCUGGCUGCACUCGUUGCCAACAUCAUUGGCGAUCCAUCUAGCGUGGCAUACUUUGCCGUCUACUUCCUGGUGAUGGCGUCCGUCAUCCUCAUCAUGUUCAUCCGCGCCAAGCUACUCAAGGUGCUGAUGUACUUCACCCAGAUGCUGUUUUCACCAUUCCCCAAGCUGCGGGCUCGCAUCACCGCCAGCCUCAGUCUGACCAUCAACACGAUCAACUCGCAGCCCAUAGUCUUCUUUGCCUCCAAGGAUGACCUGGCCUAUCUGAACAAGGCCAUUCUCUACAUCAGAGAGAACGAACAGACCAAUUGGGUGCGUAUCAUUCACUGCUACACAGGCGAUGUGGCCACCGAGAACAUGACCGAGCAUGUCACCAUCAUGGACAAGAUCUAUCCCAAGAUCAGGAUCGACUUGAUCACGGUCAAAGCCGACUUCAACCCAUCGGUCAUUGAGAAAAUCUCACUGUUGCUCAAGGUGCCCAAGAACUUCAUGUUCAUCGCAUGUCCCAAGGAUCAUCUUCCACACAGCAUCGGUGACUUUGGUGGAGUCAGAAUGGUCACCAUCUAUUGA